AUGCAACACUGCGAGCUCGGUAGCCUCGACACUUUGAUCUUACGCUUCAACGCACACAACAGCCGCUUACACGACGAAGGCUUCGUCUUCCGCGUCUUCUGGCACCUAUCCCUCGCACUAUGCUAUCUAAGCACAGGAGCCGAUUACGCCGCUACACGAGACGGCGCUUUUCGGGGUAAGGCUGCGGUGAAGAAGCAAGGUUGGGAUUCCAUGCUACAUGGCGAUAUCAAGCCUGGUAACGUCUUCUUAACGCGCGAUGGUAGCGCGUAUAGAGGUGCGGAUGCGCAUAGUACGCUUUAUCCGUGCGUUGUGCUGGGCGAUUUUGGAUGCGUGCGAGCGCCGCCGGAUAGCUGUUCACGCUAUCCGCGAUUGCUGGGGCGCGGGGAUCCGCGGUUUGAGGCGCCGGAGCGGGAGGGCAGUGUGUGGAGUGAUGUCUACAGUGUGGGACUCGUGUUGCAUUGUCUUGCGCGUAUGGCGCAGGUUCCCGAUGAGGUUUUAGUACGGGAUAGGCCGCUGGGGAGGCGGUAUACGGGAUGUAGACAUCUGGUGCAGAUGGUGCGGAAGUGUCUGGCGCGGACCCCCGAGGAGAGGCCUUCGCCGCUGGAGCUGCCCAAGUUGGUGUUUGAGGGUUAUCGUGUGUGGAGGCAGGCGAGGGGGUGCGAUGGUGUUGCUUUGCCUAAAUGGGCUUUUGGCUAA